AUGGAAACUCUCAUCGCAAACACCUAUGGGGCUGGCAAAGUCUGCCUCAUUACAGGAGGGAAUGGCCAAAUUGGUUUUGAAUGUGCAAACGCUCUUGCUCGAACAGGAUACCACGUAAUAAUAGCCAGCCAUCCGCCAGGUGUAUCGCAAAAGGCCGCUGAAUCAAUACGGAACUUGACAGGAAACGUGAAUGUGGAAGGACUGGACAUGAACUUGAUGAAUCUUGCAUCAAUACGAAAGUUUGUUGCCGAUUUUCAGGCAAAACGACUGCCGUUGCAUCUGCUCAUAAAUAAUGGAGCAAUUAUGAAUACGCCAUUCAGUAGAGAUGCAAGAGGAACGGAGGCUCAGUUUGCUACGAACUACUUAGGCCACUUCUAUCUCACAAACCUGCUGCUAAACAACCUACGUGGAUCUACCCCAUCUCGAAUUGUCAAUGUAGCGUCAAGCGUUCAUUAUGCAGCCCACACCAUCACGUUUGACUCCAUCACCAGCAAAUCUGCUUAUUCGGGACUUGGCAACUACGCCAUGAGCAAAUUCGCAAUCAUGCUGUUUACUCAUGAGUUGGCACUAAGACUGAGAUCAUCUGGUGUAGUAGUGAAUGCUGUGCAUCCAGGAGUCAUAGCAACCUCACUGUAUAGACAUACAAAGUGGGCCAAGAUGGUACUAUCGACUCCCCUGACUUGGUUGAUGCCGGAGCCGAUAGAGGGUGCCUCUCGCAUACUGAAGGCAGCACUAGAUCCGCAGUAUGAGGACAUAAGUGGCAGAUACAUGGCGGAAGGGAGAAUCUGGACUCCUUCACCCUUUGUCAAAUCAGAUAAUUCGACGAGGCUCUAUCAAAUAAGUGUGGAUCUCACUGGUCUGAUGAUAUAG